AUGGGCUUCUUCUCACGCAUCAUCACAUUCGUUGGCCUUGUCCUACUAGCCCAUGCAGGAUACUCGGCCCACGAACACACAACACUCUACAGCAACGUCGCCCUCGCCGCUAGCACAGCCAGCACUCCUACAACAGCGAGCAAUUUCUUCGCCGUUGUCCCGCUCGAUAUCACAAUAGAGACGUUGAUUGCCGUCGUUUUGGUCUCGGCUGGUCUGGUCUUGGGCGCUGAGAAACUCAAGCCGGUGACACACAGCGCAUGGGCAGGUCAGAUUGAGCGAGAAGGGGGUGCAAGGAAUCCGUAUAAGAAUUUGGAGAUUCGGUCUGGGUUUUGGGAUGUUAGGAAAAGUCGUCAAGAGUUUGCCGACUGGAUGCGUACCCAGGGUCAGGAGAAGUGA